ACUAGGUCGACGACACGCGCGGGCGCACGAACACACGCGCAGCCACAGUUGACCUGUCGAACCUGCGACCCUCUUCCCUCGCCUGCCGUCAGCGCAGAGUGCUGCACUCCUUCCUGCCCGAUGGCCGAAACCAGACCUGAAUAUUUGGCCGUCCCUGCGUGAGCAACACUGAGACAGGAUUUGGGGUCUUCAACCGUGGCACUCUUCCAACUCCUGCACGCACGACCCACGAGUGGAGCGGAAGAAGAAUCUCUUUCCAACCGCUCAUCAUACCAGCUCUCCCACCGUCCAGGAUACUCAUUAUUGGCCUUGCUCCUCGUGCAUCGAUCCCAGUGGGAACUGUGAAUCCAGAUAACUGGCCCUCUGUGUCCCAUGAUGACCUCCUCCACCUCCAUCACUUCCCUCUUCUCCUUCACCAGCCCUGCGGUGAAGCGCCUGCUUGGCUGGAAACAAGGGGAUGAAGAAGAGAAGUGGGCAGAGAAGGCAGUGGACUCUCUGGUGAAAAAGUUGAAAAAAAAGAAGGGGGCGAUGGAAGAGCUGGAGAGAGCGCUCAGCUGUCCCGGACAGCCCAGCAAGUGUGUGACCAUCCCUCGCUCACUGGACGGCAGGCUGCAGGUCUCCCACAGGAAGGGUCUCCCUCACGUCAUCUACUGCCGGGUGUGGCGCUGGCCCGACCUGCAGUCCCACCACGAGCUCAAAGCACUGGAAUGCUGUGAAUUCCCCUUUGGCUCCAAACAGAAGGACAUCUGUGUCAAUCCCUACCACUACAGACGGGUGGAGACUCCAGUUCUGCCCCCGGUGCUGGUCCCCCGUCACAGCGAGUUCAACCCUCAGCACAGUUUACUAGCAAAGUUUAGGAACGAGCCGCUGAUGCCUCAGAACGCCACCUACCCCGACUCCUUCCCGCCGCUGCCCUGCUCCUCCUUCUCCUCAUCACCCUCCUCGUCGCUGGCUCUGUCGCCCACUUCGCAGAGUUUCCCCAACUCCCCCAACAGCUCGGCGGAGCCUGGCAGCCCGUAUCACAUCACAGCGGAGACUCCACCACCUCCCUACAGCAUGAUGGAGACAAGUCCUCAAGAAGACGUGAAGCCCAGCAACUCCACAGAGGCACCCAAACUUACCUUUUCAGCUCCACACAGAGACCUUCGCCCGGUGUGUUAUGAAGAGCCAGAGUACUGGUGUUCCAUUGCCUACUAUGAGCUCAAUAACAGGGUUGGUGAGACCUUCCACGCCUCCUCCCGCAGUGUCCUGGUGGAUGGCUUCACUGACCCCUCCAACAACAAGAACCGCUUCUGCCUUGGACUACUGUCCAAUGUCAACCGCAACUCCACCAUCGAGCACACGCGGCGGCACAUAGGCAAAGGUUUGCAUCUCUACUAUGUGGGCGGUGAGGUGUACGCUGAGUGCCUUAGCGACAGCAGCAUCUUCGUCCAGAGCCGUAACUGCAACUUUCAGCACGGUUUCCAUGCCACCACCGUCUGUAAGAUCCCCAGUGGCUGCAGCCUGAAGAUCUUCAACAACCAGCUGUUUGCUCAGCUUCUGGCACAGUCAGUCAACCAUGGCUUUGAAGUGGUGUAUGAGCUGACCAAGAUGUGCACCAUCCGCAUGAGCUUUGUCAAGGGCUGGGGUGCGGAGUAUCACCGUCAGGAUGUCACGAGCACCCCCUGCUGGAUUGAGGUGCAUCUACACGGCCCCCUGCAGUGGCUGGACAAGGUCCUCACACAGAUGGGCUCUCCGCAUAACCCCAUUUCAUCAGUGUCAUAACAACAGCGACCACUGGCAGGAAGUCAAGCAUUUGUUUGUAAUUGCUCAUUCACAUUUCAACGAAGGAGUAAGGUUUUUGCCCUCACUGCUCAGAAUCAGGUGCUGCCCCCUACCGGCCAGAUUUAGCUAAACUCACCUUCCAGCUGAAACCUUCAGAUACACGUGAAAACAGGACCAUUAAAAACAAAACAAAACAGCAGGUUUGAAACAGGUAGUCGUUUAGAUGCCGCCCCCAUUCUCGCGCUCAGCUCAGAAUAAAGGCUGCUUCCUUUAAAGUAGUUUGAGAAGACAACUACACCCACAGCUACUAAGUAGUCGGACAGUUUUCACCAGUGCACUCCAGAAAAACAACAUGAUCUGCAGGUGUUUGUGACUAAUGGAGUCUGUCGUUUGUGUCUCCAUGUACUGCUUGCUUCUUUGUUCUAUUAAAGUCAAUUUUGUGACACCAGUUGAUUCAAGUCAGCUGAAUAGAGAGAAAACGUGUGCAUUCACAUUUACUGAUGGAAAGAAAUAUGAAAGUACUACACUGGAAUUC